AUGAGCUCCCAAGACACGCCGCCGGUAAAAAGACGCGAGUCUCGAUCGGGGACGAGGAAAGUCUCGACACUGUCGGCGGAACAACUGGAGCGAAAGCGUGCCAACGACCGAGAGGCUCAACGGUCCAUUCGCCAACGCACCAAGGAUCGUAUAGAGCAGCUUGAGACUCAAGUUUCCGCCCUCCAAGCGCAGAAUGCGGAGAUGCGGCUCCAAACCGAUCGGAUCGAAGAAGUCAUGCAACACAAUGCCUUUCUGGAGAAUGAAGUGAGACGAUUGAAAACCCAAAUUGCCUCUUUGACAGGCCGACCGGAGUUUGCAUCAACCAGUGAAUCCAUCGCUCCCUUUCGAGCUGUGUGGCCGGUCGAGGAGGCCUCACAUAACCCAUCUUCUGGUAUCCCAACGACAGGGGCAUUGUUGCCACCACACUUUGCUGCAACGUCCGACCCACGAAGACCAGCGGCAACUCUCUCAUCGUCACGUCGGGCGUCUCGCCAGCAAGACUGGCAACAAUCAUACCCGUCCACAAGGUCGGCGUCUCUCGGUGCAGCAUCCGACCCAGAAUAUCCCAGCCGCAUAGAGUCAUAUAUGAUAGAUGGUCACCUGCAUCAAGGGCAUCGCAUCGGCCAACCAGCCCCUCAAAUCAGCUUUAGCGGUACAUCAAGCCCUCAUCAGCAACAAUCAGAGGCUUCUUUCCCUCAGUUCCCAUACAGCAACCGGCCACUCUCGAUCUCAAGCGCCAGUCCUGUCUCUCAGCCACCCUCCGACCGGGUCUAUCAGUCCUCGACAUCAGCGUAUUCGCAAUCGCAACAUAGGGACCAUACAUAUGAGUAUCCCUGGGCGCCUCCAUCGUGA